AUGCUCACGCUUAAAGCCCCUAAAUACUGUAUCGAUGUCGAUUACCGAAAUCUGAGCUAUAGUUCGGUUGCCGAGUUUUAUCAUGAGACGAUUGAAACCAUCAAACCGGAUAUUCUGGUCGGACACAGUCUGGGCGGCUAUUGGGCAUUGAAAAUGUCCCAUGCCCAUCAGAUUCCAUGCGUCAUUGCAAAUCCCAGCCUGCAACCCAAUUUUCGUGAUGACUAUCCUGCAAUUUGUGACAGUGAUUUGCAGCACGAUAUUCCGCAAAUGGCUUAUCUGGAAUUAGGCGAUGAAAUUCUGGAUAUGCAUGCUGUACAAGCUCAGCUGGAAGAUUAUAUGCAGAUUCAUGCUAUUGAUGGCGGACAUCAUCGUCUGGAACACCCAGAACAG